AAAAUGAGCCAUCUAACUUCAACCUCUACUGGAUCAUCUCAGAGGGCACCUGCUCUGACUGACAUAUCUGCGGCCAAUGAGUUGGCACGUCUUUUUGAGUGCCAACUUUGCUUCAAAUAUGUGCUACCCCCCAUUAUUCAAUGCCAAGAUGGCCAUCUUUUUUGUGUCGGCUGCCGCCGAAAGCUCAAAUGUUGCUCAACUUGCAGAAGCCCAUUCAGAACCAUUCGCAGUCUUGCUAAGGAGAAAGUGGCUAAUUCAGUACGUUUUCCUUGUAAAUUUUCUCCUUCUGGGUGUGAUCGAUAUCUGACACUCGCAGAAAAAUUAGAUCAUGAGAACUUGUGUAAGUGUAGGCCUUAUUCUUGCCCAUGCCCAGGCACUAACUGUAAAUGGCAUGGCUUAAUGGAUGCUAUAAUACCCCAUCUGACAGAUCAGCAUAAGUCCAUUAUAACCCUCGAGGGAGAUGAUAUAGUUUUCCUUGCUGCAGAUAUUAAUAUUCCCGGUGCGAUUAACUGGGUCAUGAUGCAGUCUUGUUUUGGCUUUAACUUCAUGUUAGUUUUGGAAAAAAAGGAAAACCACAAUGGUUAUGAGGAGUUUAUUGCCAUUGCGCAGCUAAUAGGAUCAAGAAAAGAUGCUGAAAAUUUUAUUUAUCGCCUUGAGUUAAAUUCUCAUCAGCGGCGAUUAGUUUGGGAAGGGGUCCCUAUAUCUGUUAAUGACGAAAUUCCAACAGCCAGGAAGAAAGGGGACUGCCUUAUCUUUGAUGCUAGCCUUGCAAAGCAUUUUAUAGAAAAUGGCAAUUUAAGUAUCAAUGUUACUAUUAUCUCAUGUUAA